AUAUCCUGCGAAACCACGUACGGAUUGUAUCUGUCAGACCACAAUAUUGUAGACUGGAUUAUGGCUCAGGAUUUGCUCUGGAAGGCGGAAGGGCAUUUGCUUACACAUUUGCGGGCUGUUAGAAGAAUUGGAUCGAGUAUGGAGGAUUAUGAUUUGCUGAUCAGGUGGGUUGAACUGGUCGCAGACUCUGCGGGCGUAAAGUUGGGUCUAAUGCCAAGGGUGAAGGGCCAUGAACAUGAGGUUUGA